AUGAAUAGCGAAAAGGACUUUCGCCAAUUCCAGAGGCCUCGCACAUCCUACUCUGGGAUGGGAGCUAGGAAUGGUCCCCCCAUGCAGUCGCCAUUUGAUUCGGCCAUUCCAUUUCAGUCGCCAGGGUGGCCUGCUUAUCAAGAUCCCUGGCAUUUCCAGCGCACUGAUCUCCCCCAGCAUAGAAGAUCAAACGCCAGGAAUGAGGAAAGCAACACUACCAGCGACUCCAGAGUCAUGAUAUCCGUCAGGGAUGCCGACCUGCUAGGUCGCUAUUAUAAAAAGGCCUUUGAGAACCUGCAACAGACAAAUUGCCGAGUGCUUGCAAAGGCAUAUAUCAAGCUCGUGGAGCCUCGCAAGCAGGUCAACUACCCGUACAACGGACGGAAAAUCGUUGCGGGAACUCCUCGGCAGCUGGACCCAAAUGAAACAAAGCCACCCUGGUGGCCAUCUGGAGUAAGCCACAGAGAACCAGACCACCUGCCCAAAUCUGAGCGCAUUCGACUCCUAAUAUAUAUCUUGCGCGACCUGCGCACCAGCCAUGGGAUCUCAGCCAGAAAAUUGAGGGAAGCUGAUCAGCCUAUCCGUCGUCAGAUCUCCCCAAUAGAGAGAUUGGAAAUCCUGGACGAGCUCUAUCGAGUGCGACAUGAAGAAGAGAAGUUCUUGGAGGGAAAAACUGACACACAGGGGACGGUGUGGAUCUCUCGUUCAAACUUACCCAAGGAAGCGGGCCAGAGCCACGGAGAACGCAGCCGAAACAGUAGCCCUAUUUCAGUUCGAAACUCGGCCGCAACCACGCCGCGUGCUGCGCCAGAAGGCUUACCCGUCGACUCUCCUCACCAUAGGCUCGCUUAUGGUGGAGAUUUUUCGGAAAUCUCGCCGAGACGACAAGCUGCAAUACCCCAAGCCAAACCUGGAAGGUCAACUGUCCCGGUCCCGCCUAGCUUCGAUUCUCCGCCUGUGUUCAUGUCGCCGCAGGACCUGAAGCGAAAACGAGAAAGCAUGCACGGAUUUCCUCUUGACUCGACUAGCCUUGCGACUGGGGCGCACUAUUCUUCUAUGAGCCCCGUUGAGCUUCAGGCAUUGCCGAUCAGGUACUAUGGCGAUCCUUAUGAUUAUCAGCAGGGCGGUACCAUUACAGAACCUUCGACAACUGGCCCAUUAGAUGAGCCUAUAGACUACCCGUAUCAUUUCGGCUACUAA